AUGGUUGCGCCCGCUGUCCCCGAGAUCCAUGAGGAGGAGGAUCUCUUUGUUGCGGUCGAUGCGCGAACAGAGUCUUUACAGAGCUUGCGAGAAUUAGGUCCCCCCGACCUGGUGUAUCUAGUCAAGCAACCCAAAACCAGUGGGACCCGACAGACCGGGGUGUACCACCAUGUCACCGGAAUCGACGCUUCGUCCUCGGCUAGUUUGGCAGCCUACGUGAACACAUUGACCUUCUCGCCCCUCGACAAAACACACAAGGUGGUUUCAGGAAUCUACUGUUGCUACAAUGCCUUUUCACACCUCGACAUGCGGGUCGAAGUCAAGAUCCCCGGAAGCUUGGAGAGCUACUGCAUUGACGAGCGCGGUGACAAGCGUGUGGCGACAGAGGCUCUCUGGCUGGAAACAUUCCUCUGUGCUGUCCUACGUGCCUACUUGUAUGCCGAUAAUGGAAGUGGGGAUGCGAUCAAGAAGAUUGUGGGAGUGCGGCGGUUCAAUCCGGUCACAAACACGGAGAUGGAACACAAAUUCUUGGAGGCGGCAGAGAAACUAUUCUUUAUGGGGCGGCAAUUGAGCUCCGAUCCCGAAACCCAAGUCCCGAAUACCGUGAGCAACCACUUGACCUCGGGGCUCCUAAAAUAUAUCCACACAACUGGUCGCUACACAUCUGGGAUUAACCUCUUCGAGAAGCUCCGGACUCGGGAUGUGGAAGUGUCGUCACUUCUGGCGAAGGUUCAGAUCAUGGCAGACGAGGAAGUGCAAGCUGUGCGGUUGAUGUAUGACGCUCUGCAAGAUGUGCCGAUGGACUACGCUUUGCUAGAUGAGCAGGCUUCGUUCUGCCAAAGCAAAGGAGAAGGCGAGAUGGCCUUGGAAUGCGCCAAGCGAGCUGUCACUGCUGCGCCGAGCGAGUUCACUACCUGGGCUCGUCUGGCAGAAGUCUACGUCAGUCUGGAGCAGUGGGACCUUGCGCUUUUGACCCUCAAUUCCUGCCCCAUGUUCACGUAUCAGGACAAGGAUACCCCGCGUAUGCCGCAGCCGUCUCGCAUCAUGCUUCCGAUCCUUGCGGAGAGUAUUCUGGAAGAAAUUGACGAAGGCCAGCCGAAGCAGGGUGACCCCCACGACUAUGUUCACCCAUCUCUCCGGAAGUUGCACGCAGCCGCCUAUCAAGGCACGUUCCUCAAGGCCUACAAUCUGCUGACAAAGAUCGCUGCUGCAAUUGGUUGGGAUCAACUGCUCAAGGUCCGCAGCGAGGUUUUUGUGAUGGAAGAGGAGUAUCGUGUUGAGCGGAAGCAUGUGCCCAAACCUGCCGAGACACUUGAUGCGGAGAGGAAUGGCGAUGGCGUUGAGGAAGAUGAAGAAGACACCGGCUCUGUGUCUGGUCCCGGAUUCGCACAGGAGUCUGCUGAGGACACUCCCAGCGGCAACGGAGAAGAAACUCAGCCUGGCAUGUCGAUCGAGCGACCCGAGCAAACGGUCGCAUCCGAAGUCGUCAAGUCUGGCAACGAAGAUCCGGUUGGCGACCCAUCACACGAGACAUACUCACAGUUCCGCAACAAGCGCCUGUGUGAGCGUUGGCUGGACAAUCUGUUCAUGGUUCUCUACGAAGACCUUCGCAUCUACACCAUCUGGCGGACGGAGAUGGCCCAGUUCCGGCAACAGGCAAUGGAGUACAAGAAGUCGGCGACGGAGUGGGAGAUCCUUGGCGAGCUUGCGGAGCGCCUGGACCACUUUGAUGAGAGCAUCGAAGCCUAUCAGAACUGUCUUGCCAUCCGGUUCUCUCCGAAAGCGAUGCGCGGACUCCUGAAGCUAUACGAGCAGCAGAACGAUACGCGUGGGAUGUUGGGUGCUUUGAUUCGUCUGAUUGCCUGGCAGUAUCGAUGGUACUCUGAAUUCUCGCCUGAGCUCUUAUUCAUGGUCCGCAAACUCAUCGAGGAUGAAGGCGCCGUCAAGGUCCGAAGCAUUGUCCAGGCUACCAACCUGCCGCAGCCUGUCUUGGACCUCACGCACCAGUACUGCCAGCUCUGUGCCAUGUUCCGCAGCAGUGGUAGUGAUGCUUGA